GGUCGACAUUUUAUUUAUUGAACAUUCAAUAGAUAUUAAUUUAAUUACAUUUUAUAUACAUAAAUGCUAUGUUACACUUUGUGGUUGUGAAAUAGCCCAGGGGGCGGGGCCUACGGAAGCCUGUUGGUGACAUUGAGCGAAGUAGGAAGUGAUCUUGACUGACUUCAGUGCAUGUGUAGCCUUAGCUCAUCGUGCAGUAACGGUUUCAUAAUUUGUGAAUAUCUAAUGUAUGUCUAAAUUGAGCUAAAUUAACUUCUAUGUCUUAGACUGAAGCGUUUAUUAUUCUUUUAUGUCAUUAACUAUUCUGUAAGUUUUUGCACAACUAAGUUAACCAGUGUGCAAGGUCAGAAGUUGCUUGACGUGCGAGACAUUCCACCGGUGUAUGCAGCGUUAAGUGUUCGGAGAUCGACGAGCACAUGGCCGGGUUGAUUAACUUUGAGGACGAACAGGAGGUCAAGCAGUUCCUGGAUAAUUUAGGAGUGGAGUACAGCUUCCAGUGUCACCGGGAGAAGGAUCCUGAAGGGUGUCAGAGGCUGGCGGAUUACCUGGAGGGUGUGAAGAGGAACUAUGAGGCCACAGCUCAGGUUCUCAAGCACAACUGCGAGGUGAAUGGCCAUGGAGAGAGCUGCUAUAAGCUCGGGGCUUACCAUGUCACCGGCAAAGGUGGUGUGACGGAGUGUUUAAAGUCAGCGUACUCCUGCUUUAUGAAGGCAUGCAACACCAAAGGGAAGAAGUCUGUGGACGCUUGUCACAACGUAGCUCUGCUGGCCCAUGACGGAAGAAGCGUGGAGGGGGGCACUGACGCACAGGUGGCCCGACAGUAUUACGAGAGGGCGUGUGAAGGAGGCUUCGCCCCCAGCUGUUUCAACCUGAGCACACUUUUCAUCCAGGGAUCUCCAGGGCUGGACAAAAACAUGCCAUUGGCUCUAAAGUACGCCCUGCGGGCCUGUGAGCUGGGACACGUGUGGGGCUGCUCCAAUGCCAGCCGCAUGUACAAACUGGGCGAUGGGACGGAGAAGGAUGAUAAGAAAGCAGAGGAGCUAAAGAACAGGGCUAAGGAACUCCACGGACAGCAGAAAGAAAGGCAACUGAAAUUUGGGGAGUGACACCGUUUGUGUUUUUACCAAACUCAUUUAUUCUGCCUUGCUGUUUUGAUAUCACAGAUAUAAAAGCAGCAUAAAUGAUGUUAAUAAACAUAAUCUCUGAUGCUGUUGUCAUAA